AUGAUUGCACUAACAUAUAUCAACGUGCCCGGUAAGAAUGACCUCAAGUUUUUUGACUCUCGUAAAGUUAGGAAGAAUGACCUUGAGAUCCUCCAUGGCGAUAUGAAGAUCUAUUCAUUUGACGAGGAGGGGGGUGAAGUCAAUGACAAUAAGAUAGCGAGGUGGAGAGCUGUCAAAAGGGAGAGACCUUUGUACCCAAAGGAUGUCAAUGUUUGGCACUUGUUCGAAGAGGGGCCUAAAUUUGAGGAUGAGCCAUUAAAAUACGACUCAAAGGUCUACAAUGAAGAAUAUGCCGAAGUCGAGUCGACGUGUACCAUCCUUGGUAAGGUCUCAGUGAGCACAACUAAGAUUUACAUGGUCCUGGAAUAUGUUAAUGAGGGCAAGUUGUUUGACAAAAUUGCGUUGAAGGGAAGGCUCUCAGAAUGUGAAGGGAGGAAGGGUGUCUACCACAUAGACCUAAAGCCAGAAAACGUUCUUAUUGAUGCGAAAGGGAACGUCAAAGUAUUUGAUUUCGGCCUCGGUGCUUUACCACAACAUUUGAGUUCUGAUGAAUUGCUGCACACAACCUGUGGAAGCCUCAACCAUAUUGCUCCUGGGGUCCUUUCAAAUAGAGGCUAUGAUGGUGCAAGAUCAGAUAUAUGGUUUUGUGGUGUCAUUCUAUAUGUUACUCUGACAGGAUCUCUGCCAUUUGAUGACAGAAACCUUGUUGUACUGUAUCAGAAGAUUGUUAGGGGCGAUAUAAAGUUUCCUAAAUGCCUCUCUCCUGGUGCUCAAGACAUCCUAAGGAGAAUCCUUGAUCCAAAUCCUAUCACAAGGAUAAAUAAUAUAACUGGAAUCAAAGAACAUGUUUUCUCCUGCUGUCCCAUUGAUGAUGCUGAGGCCAUUUGA